ACACGCAUGCAGUCAGUGAGAAAGGAGCGUUCACUCCCCUCCAGAGGAGCGCGCAGCUUUUCUCUUUUUUUUAUUUGAAGGGGAGCACAGUGGUGGGGAGGAAAAAAAAUCCAGUCAGCGCUCUGUAGCACUUUCAGAUGAGUUCUUCUACCUCGUUAGAGAUAUUGGAAGAGCUGACAGAUCGUUUUGCGCCAGUUUAAGGACUGUUUCCAGGGACAAAUUAUCUCCAAAGGGGCAUUUUGGAGCGGCCGGUCUGAGCCCUUUAGAAUGCGGAGAGAUCAAGUCUCAGUAGUUUGUCGGUAUGAACGCAGCGCAGACGGACCCUGAGAAACUGCUUUCAUGGAUUGACUGACUGAUUGAUUGUUACCCUGGGUCAAGGAUCCAGAGAGAGGAAUUAACCUUCCCCAAAAAAGGUGGAAAUAUUAGUGCAAUUGGACCCCAACUCAUCUUUCCUGCCCGCCGAGUCCAACAUGAAGUCUGUCACUGUGUGGAUGUGCAUUUGCAUCUCUCUUCUGCUCCUAGACAAGGCAGCGAGUUCCUGGGAUGGCCCCUCAGCUCUGUCUGUGUCCUUGGCCAGCGGUGCUCCAGGAUCUCCAAGCACCGCAUCUGGACCUGGAGCCCAGCCAGAAUGGGUGGAUUGCAUCCAGGCGAGUGACAUGUGCAACCAGAACCCUUACUGCAGCUCUCGGUACCGGGUGAUGCGCCAGUGCCUUGUGGGCAAGGAGAAGGAAGCCAUGCUGGAUAACAACAGGGAGUGCCAGGCAGCCUUGGAAGUGCUGCUGGUGAGCCCGCUGUAUGACUGCCGCUGCAAGAGGGGCAUGAAGAAGGAGCUGCAGUGUCUGCAGAACUACUGGACCAUCCACAUGGGACUCACUGAAGGUGGAGACAUGGAGGACUCAUCUCCAUAUGAACCCGUGGCCCCCAACCGGCACCCUGAUGCGUUUCGCCUGGCUUCCAUCUCUUCAGGAAUGCUCACAGUGGCCCCAAAAGGUUUUCACUGUCCUGACGCCGAGAGAAACUGCAACCCCUGUCUUGAUGCAGCCAAAGCCUGCAACCUCAACGGCAGCUGCAAGAGGCAGCGCUCCACCUACAUAGCUACCUGCAGCAAGGAGGACCCCAACAAGGGAGAGACCUGCAGUAAGAAGCGCUGCCACAAGGCUCUGAGGUUGUUCCUGGACCGUGUGCCCACUGAGUUCAGCCACCGGCUCCUCUUCUGCCCCUGCCAGACUGAGGGCUGUGCAGAGCGACGCAGGCAAACAAUUGUGCCUGAUUGCUCCUACAAAGAUAAGGAGAAACCCAACUGUCUGGAGCUACGCGGGAUCUGUCGCCAGGAUCCUCUCUGCAGGUCUAGACUGGCUGAUUACAUAGUGAACUGCUGGACGACCCCGCACACAGUGAGCACUUGUCCCAAUCAAGACAAUCACCAAGCCUGCUUGGCCUCCUAUGCAAGGCUCAUUGGGACGGAAAUCACCCCCAACUAUGUUGACAGCAGCUUCUCCAACUGGACCAUCUCCCCAUGGUGCACCUGCAAGGGUAGUGGAAACCAGGAGGAGGAAUGUCUGAACUUCCUGCGGUACUUCACCGAUAACACAUGCCUAAGAAAUGCCAUUCAGGCCUUUGGUUAUGGGAUAGACAACACACAGAACAAAAACGUGUCUGUCCCAGGUCCCUCUGCAACAUCGAAGACAGGGCCCGACUGGUCAACAGGCAUCUCAGAGCAUCCUUCUGUCACUAUCCCAAAGUAUCCUGAACCAAGAGACGGUGGCCUGGACCUGGGAGAGGAUCACUCUCCCUGUCUCUGUGCCAACGUCUGGGCUCUGCUUCCCAGCCUCGCUUUGGCUCUGGUCCUGGCCCAGCAUGCCUUAUAGAAGCCCCAGUAGGAGAAAAAAAGAGGUCAUCCACCCACAAGCUGAUCCCAAAUGCAGAAGGUGUUGUUUCUGAGACUGAUAUUAAGAAGGCUGAAUCUCUGGAUAGUUGACACGAAUGGCAUUUAUGAAAGAGGGAAAAGAAGGGUCAAGAGAGGUGGAAAUUAUUGAAAUUUUACAACUGUGAAUUUGUUGUUCAUUUGAUGUAUUGUUCGGGGCAGACCGCAACUGUGAUGGAGCACAUGGCUUUACAAAGGACCCUUGGUAGAAGAGGCCAUGACGUCCAUUCUCUGGGAACGACUCUGCCUCCUGACUGAGACACAAAAACAUGGACGACUGAAGCCGCUCAUGUCAAAGACUUCGGCACUUUUCUCACCAAAGGAGGGACAGAGGGAAUGAACAACAUAAUUAAAAGGAGACAGGAUUGACAGAAAAGAGAUUGUUGCAGAGAGAAAAGGAAUGAGCAUGAAGUAAAUGUCGUAUAGUGAGAGCGAAAAAAAGAGAGACUUUGGUUUUUUUGUUGUUUUUUUUUUUGUCUUGAAUUGGUUCUUGACUUAAUCUUCUCUUGGACGAACAGACCAUAAAUUUAGGGGCGGGGAUGGGGGAUGAUUACAUUCUGUCUCUUCAACACUAGUGUAAACUCUAAACUGUAAAGCCUACUCAGUGUUCUAAGUGUUGGUAUAGUAUCCGUGACCAUAAUCAAUCUACAGCACAGAUCUUUCAUUUGGGUGCUACAGUAUCCUUUUUCAGCAGGCAUUGAAAAGACCUUAAGGUGACGAUGUUAAAAGUCAGUGGUUCUAUGGUCAUUUAAGAUGUUGUUGUUGGUGACUGUGGGUGUUCACCAUAUGUUCACCUGCACAUGUGUAUAUUCCUGUCUCUAUGUAUAUAAACAACACUUUUCUUUCGUUCAACCUAAUGAUAUCUAGUGUCUUGAAAGGACAUUAUUGUAUGCUAAGGUGGCUGUGUAUAUGGUACCAAUGGAAGGCCUUCAUUAUCUGCAUUUAUAUUUGUCUAUUAAGGUUUGAUCACAAAGAAUGUAUACAGGGAUGAGAUUAAAUGAGCUCAAACUGCUUGGAAAGCCAUAA